AUACAGCCCGCACACCUCUCACCCCCGCCCGCCUGUCUCCUGUCUCCUGUCCUUCUGUAGUCUGCACCAAAGAUUAUAUCCUCUAGUAUCUUUGGUCUGCACUCUGCACUUCUGCAGCCCGCAAACCCCCUACACCCCAGCCCGCAAACCCCCUACACCCCAGCCCGCAAACCCCCUACACCCCAGCCCGCAAACCCCCUACACCCCAGCCCGGCAGCUGCAGCUUCCCAGCCGUAUGGAGCUGAGCGAGUGGCGCCGCGACCCGGGCAGUAGCUGCCGACUGAGCUCGGCCGUGGCCGCUGCCUGCCGCGGGGAACCCUGCACCCUGGGGGUGGAUGAGGCGGGGAGAGGCCCCGUGCUGGGGCCAAUGGUGUAUGGAAUCUGCUUUUGCCCACUCUCCAAGCAGCAACAGCUUCAAGAUCUCAAGGUUGCAGACUCCAAAACAUUAACAGAGAAAGAGAGAGAGCGACUGUUUGCCAAUCUAGAUGAAGCAAAGGAUUUUAUUGGCUGGGCUCUGGAAAUCAUCUCACCCAAUGUCAUUUCGACAAGCAUGCAACAAAGAACCAAAUGUAACCUGAACACUUUGUCUCACGAUUCUGCCAUUGGACUCAUCCAGUACGCGUUAGACAGUGGUGUCCAAGUGAGCGAGGUAUAUGUAGACACAGUUGGACCUGCUGAGAAAUACGAGGCAAAGCUGAAGCAGCGUUUUCCAGAGCUUGAGGUUACAGUCAGACCCAAGGCUGAUUCCCUAUUCCCAAUUGUCAGUGCAGCCAGUAUUUGUGCUAAGGUCGCAAGAGACCAUGUCGUUCAGUCAUGGAAGUUUAUUGAAGAUCUGGGAGACAUAAACUUGGAUUAUGGUUCAGGAUAUCCCAACGACCCUAAAACAAAGGCAUGGAUGGCGAGCCAUGUGGACCCUAUUUUUGGUUAUCCACAGUUCGUACGUUUCAGUUGGAGCACAGCCCAGACUAUAUUGGAUAACCGAGCAGUACCUGUUCACUGGGAUGAUGAUGAUGAUGAGGAGGAUGCCAGCAAGAAGGAUACACCCUCAGUUCUGUCUUACUUCCAGCGCAAGUCCGAAGACCCAAAGGUUCAGCCGCAUCGCUUCUUCACUGAGAGGAAGCUGGUCUCUCUUGCCAAUCUAUGAACGCGGCAACCAUUUUGUUUCUCUGUACCGGGGGAACAAAGUAACUGGUGGGGAGUUGAGCCUUUCCAAAACGUAGUGAAUUGGUUCAUCAGCGAGCAGUGAUAGAAUAUAGACGAGUAAAAGGCUGUAUUAACCUUCAUGCAGAUAUUGAGCUAUCGGAUCAAUAGAUAUCUGAAGGUUGACGUAAAUAGUUUGCGAUGUUCAUCUUAAUCAAACUGAUCAGCUGUGUUCUAUCCACCCCAUGGUGCAUAGUUCUCCAAUUUCAAGUAACCCUUGCAUUCUCUCUCUCUCUCCCAUCCCUCCCCCAUCUUGGUCAUCGAACUAGUUUCACUGCCGUCCUGCUGAGGUUUACUGUUGGUAUCCACUCGUUUAUCACCUUCUCCACAGCCAACAAUGGACCAUUGUGGGCUCCACCUUUCUUUUGAUCAUUGUCGCUGGCUUUGACGUGUCCUUUUUGCAUAUCUUUCAUUCAUUUGUUCUUUCUACCUGUUCAUAUCUCUCGUUUCCCCUCUCCCCUGACUCUCGUCUGAAAGAGGGUCUCGACCCGAAACGUCACCUCUUCCUUUCUCCAGAGAUGCUGCCUGACCCGAUGAGUUACUCCAGCAAUUUGUGUCUAUCUUCGGCAUAUUGCAGUAUCUUCACAAGUUUUAGGAGUAACAUUCCGGCCCAUCGAAUCUACUCCGCCAUUCAAUCAUAGCUGAUCUCUGCCUCCUAAUCCCAUUUUCCUGCCUUCUACCCAUAACCCUUGACACCCAUUAUAAUC